ACAACUCCAUCUCUCUCUCUCUCUCUCUCUCUGUGUCUGUCUCUGAAAUCGCGUUUUUAACUUUUUUUAUUUUUUAAAAUACGCGAGAAGCUGCCACGACCCCGCAAUCGAUCGGAAGCCAAAAUCACUUUUGAUAAUCUCGUUGUUGUUUGCAGGAGAUGAGGGUCUCUGCUUCUGCUUUUCAGUCCACUACGCUUCUCUCUCUCUCUCUCUCUCUCUCUCAUGUGACAAAAUGCUGAAUUCCACGGGAUUUUGAUAUUUCCCUCAUCAUCCAUAAGCUCCCACCUGCAUUGCCCACGUACUGUUACUUCCCCACUCUCUCCAAAUCCCUGGAAUUCAAUUCCCCAUUCUCGCUUAGUAUUGGAUUUUGCUACGACUUCAUUUUCUAUCUGGAUUUUUUCUUCUUCUUGGAAUUGGGGUUAAUUGGAGGGUUGAAUUUCGUGUAUUUUGGGCUUGAUCGAAUUGGGAAAUUCCGAGAUCUGGUGGGGGUUUGUGUUGGGAUCCAAUUUUCAUCUGGUUAGCUCGGUGGUGAUUCGAAUUAUCGGUUUGGAUCCGAUCGGGGGAGAAACAGCGCCAUCCAAUGGCGCUGUUCAGAAGGUUCUUUUACCGGAAGCCGCCGGAUCGGCUUCUCGAGAUCUCCGAGAGGGUCUACGUGUUUGAUUGUUGCUUCUCCACGGACGUUUUGGAAGAAGAUGAGUAUAAAGUUUACAUGGGUGGCAUUGUAGCCCAGCUACAAGAUCACUUUCCUGAAGCUUCUUUCAUGGUAUUUAACUUUAGAGAAGGGGAGAGGCGAAGCCAAAUUUCAGAUAUAUUGACUCAGUAUGACAUGACAGUCAUGGAUUACCCUCGGCAAUAUGAGGGGUGUCCUCUGCUGUCACUGGAGAUGAUCCACCACUUCCUUCGAUCAAGUGAAAGCUGGCUGUCACUGGAAGGGCAACAAAAUGUGCUGUUGAUGCACUGUGAAAGAGGAGGAUGGCCUGUGCUUGCAUUCAUGCUAGCAGGUCUUCUGUUAUACCGGAAACAGUACAAUGGGGAGCAGAAGACUCUUGAUAUGGUCUACAAGCAAGCUCCUAAGGAACUUCUUCAUCUUCUGUCUCCUUUAAACCCACAGCCUUCUCAGCUGAGAUAUCUUCAAUAUAUCUCUAGAAGAAAUUUGGGUUCUAAUUGGCCUCCAUCAGAUACACCUUUACUUUUGGAUUGUCUGAUACUUAGAGUUCUUCCACUUUUUGAUGGGGGAAAAGGUUUCAGGCCCGUUCUACGUGUUUAUGGUCAGGACCCUUCAACACCAGCAAAUAGAAGUUCUAAGCUUCUGUUUUCAACGUCAAAGGUGAAGAAACAUGUGCGCAACUACCUACAGGCAGAGUGUUUGCUGGUGAAAAUUGAUAUUCAUUGCCGUGUUCAAGGGGAUGUUGUUCUUGAGUGCAUCCAUUUGAAUGAAGAUCUGGUGCGUGAGGAGAUGAUGUUCAGAGUUAUGUUCCACACAGCAUUUGUGCGGUCAAAUAUUCUGCUGCUUAGCCGUGAUGAAGUUGAUGUUCUAUGGGAUGCCAAGGAUCAAUUCCCCAAGGACUUUAGAGCAGAGGUACUUUUUUUGGAUGCUGAUGCUGUUGUGCCUACUCUUACUACAGUCGUAGCGAGUGCGAGUGAAGAUGGAAAUGAGACAGAAAGUGCUUCACCUGAGGAGUUUUUUGAGGUGGAAGAGAUCUUUAGCAAUGUAGUUGACGGGCAGGAAGGAAAAGGGGAAUAUGAUAAUCAUGUGGGUCGGGACAAUACACCGGAUGAUAUUGUUCAUAAAGAAGUCUGGAAAGAGGAGUUGGAUCCUCACACAUUUCAAGACUGUGCAUCAGAUGAAGGAACUCCCAAACAGGAUGUAAAGGUGGAUUCUAAUAUUGAUGCGGUGAAGGACAUUGCUGUUGAUGAUGUGAAGUAUAAGUUGGAUGAGAGGGUGGAUUCUGAUCUCCAUUUGGUGAAAGACAUUGCUGUUGAUGAUGGUGUCAAGUUAAAUUCCACGGUAGCUGCUGCUGAUAUGCAGAUAAAUCUUGAAACCAAGGAAGUGGUUGAAGAUAUGUCUGGCAAAUUGGAAGAGAUGGAAGACAAAGGUGAUGGACAAAACAAUUUUACACAUAAGAACUUAGAUUCCAAGGUCCCCCCGCAAAAGCUGAUUGCUGAUGUACCUAGACAAAAAUCUGAUAAAUUACUGCCUUCUGCCCCUAGGAAGCAGUCUGCAGCGAGUGCAAAACCAACUGCAGAUACAGUUGUUGCCAAACAAAAGAUUAAGCAGCAAGAAUCUCAAGGAGCUCAUGUAAAACUAGCGAAGCCAAAUGCAGUAUCUAGGUGGAUCCCUCCUAACAAGGGCUCUUAUACUAAUUCAAUGCACGUAGCAUAUCCACCAUCAAGAUAUAACAGCGCACCAGCUGCUCUUGGCAGUAAUGCUUCUUCGAAGGAUUCUAAUGCAGGUUCCAAAUCAAAGACUUCUUCUAUUACUGCUACCCCCGCCGCUCUGGUUUCGACUGAUGUGAUCAAUGAUCAGACAAGUUGCAAGGUGGAUCCUGUGAUGGCUUCAGACUUUGGACGAGAGAUACUUGCUUCCUGCCCACCAUCAUUAGUACCACCAAUUGAAGAGGCAGAUUCUUCCUCACCGACUCAAACACCCAAUCUUAGCCCAUGGCAAGUAGUGCUCCAUCCACCGCCACCGCCACCGCCACCGCCACCGCCUCCGCCUCCGCCUCCACCUCCACUGCAUUCUAAUAUCUAUUCAUUGUCUACAUUGCUGCCCAGGUCUUCUUUAUCACCUUCCAGACCUUUGCAGGUAGGCGCAACACCUCCUCCCCCUCCACCCCCGCCACAAUCUUCUUCACUACUAGGUAAUGUUGUGUCCAAAACUUUUCCCCCAUCUCCACCUCCUCCCCCCCCUCCUCCCCCUCUUCCCCCAUCCAGUAGACAAAACAGUGCUACCAUGUUGCCUCCUCCACCUCCUCCAUCACCUUGGAAGUAUGGGUAUGCAUCAGUUGCCUCUCCAGCGGUCACAAGUUCUCCGCCUCCUCCCCCCCCCCCUCCCCCUCCUUUUGUGAGUCCAUCAACUGCACCGAAACUUGGAGUACCUGCCACCCCUCCCCCUCCUCCUCCGCCACCUCCUCCCAUGCGUGGAGUUCCAUCUCCUCCUCCUCCUCCACCUCCACCGCCUCCACCUACUUUACGUGGAGGUUCGCCACUGCCACUGCCUCCAUUAUAUGGAGCCCCAUCUCCCCAGCCGCCACCAAUGUAUGGAGCCCUGCCUCCCCCACCUCCCCCACCUCCUCUAGCUCGUGGAGCUCCAUCGCCUCCGCCACCACCUCCAAUGCGUGAAGCAGCGCAUCCACUUCCUUCAGUGUCUAGAGUGCCGCCUCCAAUGCGAGGAGCACCGCCGCCGCCACCGCCUCCUCCAAUGCGUGGAGCACCACCUCCUCCACCGCCUCCUCCAAUGCGUGGAGCACCACCUCCUCCACCGCCUCCUCCAAUGCGUGGAGCACCACCGCCUCCGCCGCCACCUCCAAUGCGUGGAGCACCACCGCCUCCGCCUCCGCCUCCUCCAAUGCUUGGAGCACCACCACCACCACCGCCUCCUCCAAUGCCUGGAGCACCACCUCCUCCUACAGGUCAAGGCCCACCUCCCCCACCUCCCCCAUUGCGUGGAGCACCACCACCUCCACCUCCUCUAGGAGCUCGUGCGCCUGGACCUCCAGCUCCACCUAGACCUCCAAGUGGUGCACCUCCUCCUCCUCCACCAUUAGGCGCCAAAGGACCAAAUGCUGCAGCUGAUGCGAGAGGGAUAGGGAGAGGGCGUGGGCUUUCACGUCCUACAGGGAUGGGGGCAAUUGCUACAGCUCCUCGAAGAUCCUCCUUGAAGCCUUUGCAUUGGAGCAAGGUAACCAGGGCUUUGCAAGGAAGUUUGUGGGAAGAAUUGCAAAGAUAUGGAGAGACUCAAAUUAUUCUUCCUUUCACGAUCAGUGAUAUUGCGCCCUUUUAUCUUAGUGCGCCAGGGUUUGAUGUGUCAGAGUUAGAGAGCCUUUUCUCUGCAACAGUUCCAAAACCUGCUGAUGCAGGAGGUAAAUCUGGGGGGCGACGCAAGUCUGUUGGAUCCAAGACCGACAAAGUCCACCUGAUUGACCUGAGGAGAGCCAACAAUACUGAAAUCAUGCUCACAAAAGUUAAGAUGCCGCUUUCUGAUAUGAUGGCUGCUGUUCUAGCAAUGGAUGAGUCGGUAUUAGAUGUUGAUCAGGUGGAGAAUCUUAUAAAGUUUUGUCCUACAAAAGAAGAGAUGGAACUUCUCAAGGGCUACACUGGUGACAAGGCGAACCUGGGAAAGUGUGAACAGUAUUUUUUGGAGCAAAUGAAAGUGCCUCGGGUGGAGUCGAAGUUAAGAGUAUUCUCUUUCAAGAUUCAGUUCAGUUCUCAGAUUUCAGAAUUUAAAAAGAGUUUGAACACUGUGAACUCUGCAUGCGAAGAGGUCCGGAAAUCUGUCAAACUGAAGGAAGUUAUGAAGCUUAUUCUUUUUAUAGGGAAUACAUUGAACCAAGGAACUGCUAGGGGAUCUGCAAUUGGAUUCAAGUUGGACAGUCUUCUAAAGCUUACUGAUACACGUGCUUCUAACAGUAAGAUGACACUCAUGCAUUAUCUUUGCAAGCUUUUGGCUGAUAAUUCACCCGCACUUCUUGAUUUUCACCUGGAAUUUGUUAGCCUGGAAGCUGCAACUAAGAUACAAUUGAAGUCUUUAGCAGAAGAAAUGCAAGCUAUAAUCAAGGGACUAGAGAAGGUCAGGCAGGAGCUGGCUGCAUCUGAAAACGAUGGCCCUGUAUCUGAAGUUUUCCGUAAGACACUGAAAGAAUUCAUUGGCGUUGCUGAGACAGAGGUGGCAUCUGUAACAAAUCUAUACUCUGUGGUGGGUAGGAAUGCUGAUGCACUUGCACUAUAUUUUGGUGAGGAUCCUGCCCGUUGCCCAUUUGAGCAGGUCACAGCGACUCUCCUAAACUUUGUAAGGUUAUUUCGGAAAGCACAUGAAGAGAACUGCAAACAGGCUGAAUUGGAGAAGAAGAAAAUUGAGAAGGAGGCUGAAAUGGAGAAGGCGAAGGGCAUUAAUCUUACAAGAAAGGCAGCAAGAUAAGUGAAGAUUGAGUAUCCCUGCAUAGGAAUUGAGCUUCAGCCAUGCAGCUGAGCUCUGCCCCACUGUUGCUGACUAGAUGAUGGCCAAGGACACAGCUUUUUUGGACGGUCAGAGUCCUAGCUUACUUCAGUAUUGGUGCAACAGUAAGCCUUCCAUUGUGCUUGAAAUGAGAGGCUCAAGUGUUCCUCGAGGCCUGCAGACCUUCAACUCUGCAAAAGUCUUAGCUGAACAUGCUUUGAUUGGAUGAUUUUCAAUCAGAUGGUCAUGGUUCACUGACCAAUCACAUUAGAUAUCUUGCUGACAGACCGAAUUUUGACAAACAUUGGGUAGUUGCCAUCAGCGACUGAGAAGCAGAGCUACUCCAUAUAGGACAACUGCUAUCGAGGUGGUUGGAUUUGGCCCCUCCAGCACCAUUUUGAGAAGGAAUUCUGUAGUCUUGGGUCGGUUUUUCGUUACUGAAUUGGUUUCCACUUUCACACCAUUCAUUUAGCAUAUGUUCUUUUGGCGCCAGAGCAGAUGCCUGCCUUGGGGGUUGUAAAGCACAUAGUCCAACUGUACCAUGAAACCUUGUACAAAGCUCUAACCUUUCCUUUAGAAGUCAUUCUUUCUCAUGUAACAUAAAAAAAAAAAAAGUUAGUUAUUUUUUUUUAUGUUCCUUGUAGUUGAGAUUUUGAUAGAGGAACCCGUCAUGAAAGGUGUUGUAUAGGUGUCAGGUUAAGAAAGAGAUACUAGAGAAGACGGGCUUUCUCUUAGUGUAAUUGUAACAUAAACAAAAGAUAGGCUGCGAGUAGAAAUUUGGUUGUUUCUUCAUUUGA